AUGACACCCGACACUGAUAUGCUGAGAUCGCUGGCAAGCCAGGCCAGGCAAUUUCAGGAGAACUUGAAGGCGGCCAAGAAGAACCAUGACCGUCAUGUGAAGGUGACCCUGGAGUACAUCGAUGAGCUUCAGUCAAUGAUUCGCGUCGAUAACACCGAGAUUCGUGUGUGCGACGGCAUGCCCAAACCGUUGAUGGAAGAUCCGAGGGCGCCCAUACUCUCGCACAGUCCACCGUCAGCUCCAUGA